AUGAGUGACGAUUCUGAAAGCUUGGAUUUCCCUAACACUCCAUUAUACACCUUUAACAUUACUGUUGGAUUAACAUUAUCAUUGACCAAAUUAUGUGCGAACAAGUGUAGAUUAUUCAAACCUGAUUAAGGUACAAAACUUUCUGAAAAUGAUGUUUAAUGUGUCAAAAAUUGCGCUGCCACCAUAAAUAAUAAUUACUAAGCAUUCACAAGCUCAUUAAAAGAGGCUAUAAAUUUCGAAGAUUCAUUUGGAGUUUUCGAACCAGAAGAAUGAAGUAUUACAAACAAUAGUCAAUAUAAAACAUUAUUUAAGAUAAUAUUCUAUAA